CCCCCGCCAGCGCCGCCCCGAGCCCCUCCCGCACCAGCCUCUCCACCUCCUCCCCCACCGCCGCCAGCACCUGGCCCCGGACCUCCUCCGCGAACCGGCCCCGCUCGAACUCGAAGUUGUCGUGCACCCCCUGCGCCACCAGCCACCGCACCUCCUCCCGCAGCCGCAUCCGCACCGCCUCCGGGCUGGUCCACGCCCCGUUGCGCAUCCGCACGUCGCCCUCGACGUCGACGCUCCGCUUGGAGGCCCCCGACGACGGCGGCGACGGCGAACACGAUGACGACGAGGACGGCGAUGACGACGCCGGGCUGGUCUCCGUCUUGACGACCCGCAGACGCGUGACGGUUCGGAUGCUCCCCGGCGUCCGAAAAGCGGACGGGAUCGGCUGUGGAGAGGACUCCUCGACGCCAACGACGGGGGUCCCCGGACCGCCGCCGGGCGUGGGUGUCACGGGGCGGGAGGGGACGUGCUCGGGGACCCGGGCCGUCCGCGAGAGCUCCGCGAGGAUCUCGGUCGAGGCGCGCGGGCGGAGGGUCGUUCGGCCGAGGGCGAAGGGCGGCAGGGCCCUGCGCGGCAUACCUUGGCCCAUGUCCGGGAAGAAGGGGUCCAUAUCAAUGACAUCGGCGGGGAUCUCCCGCCCGAGGGCGCCCACGAGGUCGGCACCGGGCGCUGGGGGUCGCUUUGUUGAGGGUUUCUUGACGAUCGGCAUUGUUAUUUCUGUGGUUAAUGACUGGGAUGUGUGAGUUUUCCUGAUGCACGUUCGUUUUGAUAGCCAUUUGCCUGUUUCCGCAUCCAAUCCGGAGCUAUAUUAUAUAGAUUCCACGCGGCAUCUACCGCCAUGUUUUGACUCUGACACAGUCAUCAUGAGCCUAUCCAGGUCGACUCCCAGCGCAGUCACCAUCUUGAAGAGACGGACGAGGUGCGAAGUAGCACAAGUCACUUGAAGAAUAAUUAAACGGAUCGCUUGAUCUGACAUUCCAACCCCCCCCUAGAAGACCCGGCGUCAUUUCGCCCAGUCACAGCCCCGGCUUGUCAUCCGGGCGCCACGUCAUGCAGACUGUCUUUGGAUUCAUGCACGCUAGAAUCUUCAGGCCGUAACUUGGCAUCUAUUGGAGGUUUGUCUCCGUCGUCAGUGAGCCGCGCACCGGCGCGGAGCCAACAGGCAGGGCGGCAAGG